AAUAAUAAUAAUAAUAAUAAUAAUAAGGUGGUAAAGAAGAUAUGUAUGUCAUCACAAGGGGCAUAACCGAAGCAAGAAAUAAACCUUAUUCAAAUUUCUGUCACAGUGAGGGGAGCAAAGAGCUGCCGACUUUAAUUACUGUUUAAAAUAGAAAUAAAAUAAAUCACAAACACAUUCAAUGUAAGAUAUACUUAUCUUGAAAGUACAUGACGAAUCAAUUGCAUAAAAUACCAAAAUAUAAGGAGAUACGCUCAGUGUUUAUAAAUAAUAAUCAAGUGCCACUGAAAGCAAUUUGGUUUGUUAAAUAGAAAUCAAAAUGUGUUUUAGUCUACCCAAGACAAUCAGUCCAGUUAAUCCAGCUCUGUGUUCACAAUUUAUCAGAAUUAAAUGCACUAGAUCAGGGAUGUGACGAUUUAAGACUGGGAAAAGACAUAAAUGUAGGUGGAACAGUUAGCCUGGGUUAAAGUAGGAUAAGUGGUCUAGAAAGUUAGCUAAAAGAAGAUAAACGGGAUAAAUGGUUAAAAUGUUGUAAAAAAGUAGUUAGAGUAGUUGUGACAGUUAGCUCUAAAAGCAAUGUUUAAAUGGUCUAAAAACGACUGAAAGUAAUGAUUAAAUGUUCAAAAUAUAGCUAAUAAGUACUGGAUAAAUGGUCAACAGAUUGUUAAAGUAACAGAUAGAUAGUAAAUGGGUGAAACAGCUAAAAGUAGCUGAUAAAUGGUUCAAAACAAGUUGUGAAUGGAGGCUAGUUGAAGCUGUUAACCUUGCUAAAAAUAAUGGAUUUACAGGUGACACAGGUUAAAGUAAUGAAUUAACAGUUACCUGGUUUAAAUAGGGCAGCGACACAAAAUGGAUACAUAGUGAAAUGGCAAAUAGCAGCCUUAGUAAUGGAUAAUGGUGAAUUAGGCGAAUAGGAUAAGCUAAAAGUUAGCUAAUGUUACAAAACACACAUAAGCUAUAGAAGCAUCCAUGAGAUAAGACACAUUGUAGAAUGACCUUCAAUGUUUUUCAUGUUUUCAUUCAACACAGUGAGUUUGACUUUCUCUCUUUUAUUUUGCAGGCGAUGGCCCGACUUCCCCUUUUUGGUUCUGGUUCCCUCAGCAGAACUUGACGCUGCCGGCUGCUGUCAGCAGAUACAGGAACUGGGACGGCAGCAGCACGGAGCCAUGUUGGAGAGGGAACUGUCAGCUGUUUUGCACUGCAGGCUGCUGCCUCUGGGUGGCAAUGUGUUAAAAUCUAAUAACACCAAGUGGAGCAGAAAAGUUUGUGAAGUUGAAAAAAAAAAAAAUCUUGUGGGCACUCAAGAGCUAACAUGUUAUUUAUCCUAAUAAGAGCAUGAGAGGACUGAAGUCAUUCUGGACAACAGCUGUGUGUUAUUUAGCCUUCUGAAACCUGCAAUUUACACUACUUGAAAUAUAUGCAUUACUUUUAAAUCUGUUUCUAAUAGAGCUUCAGGAUAAGUUGGACAUUUUGCUGAACAUCAACACUUGAUAAAACAAACAGGACUUGUGCUGCAGUGUGCGACGCAGACAGGAUUCUUUGGCUGGUUUUCAAGCAACAGAUUACACAAGAUAAUGCCUUUUAAAAAAAAAUAAUAAAAGCACAUUUUUAUACUUCUUUGGAUCUAAACACGAGGCUUUGGGUAGUGGAGGCUAAUCCCGAGCCAAAAUGACAGACACUCUCAGACAGUUGCACACAUCGCGCACACAAACAACGCAAGUCGUCUGCCAAAGAACCUCUUCAGCCCGAGCAUUUCAUCUAUGAGAUAAAACAGAGCUGAAAUAAGCUGGUUGGGUUGCCAAUAGAGGCAAGGGGAGAGGAGAAACAGUGAGAGAGAGAGAGAGAGAGAGACACACACAGACAGACAGGGAGGAGGGGGGAGUGAAGAGAAAGCGGGAGGGAGAAAAAAGGGUGAUGAUAAAACUCCACUGUGAGCCCUCCUGUAAGCUCAGUCAGAGCAAAAGGAGCAACUGAGACCAGAGGGACAACGGAGAGCCGACAGAAGAGGGAAGCUGCCGCCAGACAAAUCAACGCUCUCUGACGUGAGACUCGCACGUGGCCUCGGACUUGCGGGGGAAGCACCUGGGCUGACACUGCCAACUGCAGAGUUUUACAUUUCGUGAAUAAGUGCUGAGGAAGAAACUUAUGCUGUAAGGAGACAAGAAGGAUCAGAAGCCGGACCUCAUCCAUCUCCUGGUUUUGAACACUGAACUGCUUCUUUUGAUCCAGACUUUGGAUCCUGCAGCGCUCUCACACCAGCGACAUCCCUGCUGGAGACUGGAUCCACUGCUCAGUGUGAGAAGCAGCAGGAGAGAGCUGAGGGGGGAAAAGGAGAAUAUUGCCCUCCAUCUCUCAGCCCCCCUCCCCGGCAGCCCACCCUCAUCUUCUGACGCCCCUCCUCUCUGCCUCUUCUUUUGCCCCCUGUACACCCCCUCCUCCUCCUCCUCCUCCUCCUCCUCCUCCUCCUCCACACCUCACCCCCCAACAGAGCAGAAAGCGUGAAAAAUCUCACUAAUGGGUUUAUUUGCUGUCAGAUCUGCGCCGAUCUGUCAUUCCCUUGGACCAUUCUGCUUGACACAUUUCAUAGUUGAGUAAGCCUCCUGGCUUCUCUGGCUAGAGUUAACAGUGCCCCUGCAACGUUGUGCUGGCUGAGAGCUCAUCAAGAAGGGGAGCAACGGCGGCAGCAGUCAGUCUGACAGUCUCUUCUUGGACGGGGAGUCCCUGAAGCUGCAUUCCUCUGGUCUCCUUCUGCCCCCCGUUGGGACUUUUGUGUUUUUGUGAGCCUCGUGGGCAUCCUCAAGCUUUCUGUCCUAGGCGUUUUUUUGUUUUUUUUUUGUUGUUUGUUUUUUUUCCCUCAGGGACUCUUGGGUUCUGAUUGUCAAAUAGUGUGAAGAUGUGGUGUGGGGCCGGGCCUCUGGCGGUGGUGGCUGCAGUGUUUUGGACUCAGUGUGUCCUCCUGGACGGGGUGGAAGCCAAGAAGGAGAGAAAGAGGCCAAAGGAGGCCAUCCCACCACAACACACAGAGACCUUCAACACCACGCUCUCCAACAGCGAAGAGGUCGGUGGAAGCAUCAAGAUUUCUGAGAACCAGAGAGUGGAUCCGCUGGGAUCAUGGAUGGACUUCGUCAAAAGACCUGUCGGGAACUUCCCUGGGAAGUGUCGCAAGCGCAAGCGACCCUUGCCGGGCCCACCCGGUCCUCCAGGUCCUCCUGGCCCACAGGGACCUCCUGGCUCUCCAGGAGCUGAAGUGACCCAGGAAGUUCUUCUCCAGGAGUUCAAAGAGAUGAUUAAAGAGGCUACAGAGAGGAGAUCAGCAGCACUGGACAGACAAACCAGCCCCAGCCAGCUACCGACGGCUCUCCUCACCCUGGAGGGGAUGACCUCCUACCGACGAAUAGAGGAGGCUUUCCACUGCAAGCUCAAGGGACCCGUGGUGGUCGACAAGAAGACGCUGGUGGAGCUCCAGAACUUUCAGACGCCACCAGCUAAAGGAGCCUUCCUCAGAGGGACUGGAAUGGACCAGUCUACUGGGAGGUUCACAGCUCCAAUCACUGGGAUCUACCAGUUCUCUGCUAAUGUCCACAUUGACCACAAUGAGGUAAAGAGGAGCAAAAGUCAGCUCAAGGCCAGGGAUAACGUCCGGGUGCUGAUCUGCAUUGAGUCACUCUGCCACAGAUACACCUCACUGGAGAUGAUUGUUGGAUUAGAAAGUAACAGCAAGAUAUUCACCGUCAGCGUGCAGGGGCUGCUGGAGCUACAGGCCGGACAGUACACUUCCAUAUUCGUGGAUAACGCAGCAGGAGCCUCCAUUACAAUACAGAACGGUUCAGAUUUUAUGGGCAUGCUGCUCGGCGUAUAGCCUCACACACGAGCAGGGUCAUCAUCCAAGCUGUCCACUGCCGCCGCUUUCAUCUUUUUAUUUUUUUAAAUUUUUUUUCCAAUGGACUGCUUAUGAGCACCACCACAUGGUAGCAAACCACAAGGGGGGGGGGGGGUUUGAAGGAAGGAAGCGAGGCUGACAUUGACUUGACCGCUUGUCAGACGGUGAAAGGACAGUGUGAAGAACUCAAGGACCGAGUUUGUUUUUCACAGUGCGCUGCCACUCCCCCCCACCUCCCCGAUGAACUUGGACGCUUGUCGCUUCACCAAUAAAAUAACCUGAAAAUAAAGCAGUGAAUAUGUCUGUUUCAGUAUGUUUAUCGUGGAUGUUGAAGACCUUUUCGGUUAAACCAAAUAUCAAUGUCUGUAAUGUUCUCUGGAGAGAUGUUUGGGGGGGGACGAACAUGAGAAAGUACACGUGUGUGUUUCUGUAUGCUGACUUUGUUUAUAUUUUUGUCUACCUGAUCUUUUAUGUACACUCUAAUGAACUAUAGUUGUUUUUGUUUUGUUUUUUAUCAUGGAUUAAAUCUCACAUUUAUAUAUGUUAUAUGGUACAUAGACUGAGUACACUGGACAAUUGAGACAUGCUCAAUAAACAGAAUACAGCCUCAAAAACA